UCGCAUCUUCGCACUUUCGCUCCUUCGCCGUCGCACCUUCGCACUUUCGCCGUCGCAACUUCGCACUCUCGCACCUCGACCUAAAGGCGAAAGUGCGAAUGUCGAAGUGGCCCCAUCGGAACACCAUAGUAUUACGAUGGAAACCCCAUUAUUCCGGAAUACAACAUGGUUGUGUACAAGCACAUGUUGAACAUUGCUAAAGGAAUAGGCACAGCCACAGCCACAGGAAUAUUAGGCUAUGCAGUGUGGUCACGCGAAGGAACAGUGCUCAACGCAUCCUGGACAACUAACUUUGAACCCAGUGUAAGAUGGGAGCACAACUGGGACCGGAGGGAUCCAGAGAGCCUUGUAAAACCCUUAAAAAGCAACUCAUCAGAAAAAGAGACAAAAAACAGAGAGAAUGAGUUGGAGAAACAGAGACCAAUGGCCACCCGUCACCUGCUUCUUAUUCGACAUGGACAGUACAAUCUUGAUGGGAAAGAGGACUCUGAGAGAUAUCUCACUAAACUAGGGAAAAAACAGGCGGACUACUGUGGAAAGAGGUUAAAAGAGGCAGACAUUGAAUACACUAAGCUUAUAUCUUCUACAAUGACCAGAGCCGUGGAGACAGCAGCAAUUAUACACAAACACCUCCCCCAGCUCACCUGGGAAAAAGAGCCCAACCUGUGUGAAGGAGCCCCCAUCCCACCGGAACCUCCAAUUGGCCAUUGGAAACCUGAACAGUUUUUCUUUCAGGAUGGUCCCAGAAUAGAGACAGCCUUUAGAAAGCUUUUCCACAGGGCUGAAGUUGAGCAGAAAAAGGACAGCUAUGAGAUUGUUGUUUGUCAUGCUAAUGUUAUCAGAUACUUUGUAUGUAGGGCUCUACAAUUUCCCCCGGAGGCAUGGUUGAGGAUUAGUCUAGACCACGCCAGUAUCACAUGGGUUACAAUCCGACCGUCCGGACGGGUGUCGAUCCGUAGGCUCGGAGAUUCUGGAUUUAUACCAGCAAAGGAGGUUACAGCUUCAUAAUGUGACUUGUCAUAUAUGACAUCUUGGCCUUAUCUUAAUCUCAGGGUUACCAGCACUCCCAAUGAGAAAAUUGAUGAAGUGUGUCUGAUUAUAGAUUUAAUUGAUGAUUAUGUCUAUGUCAGAUUAUUGAUGUGUGCAUUAGAUUAUUGACAUGUGGUGUGUGCUAUUGGCAUGUUUGUCAGAGUAUUGACGUAAAUUGACACAAGUUUAUGUCAUAUAUUUUUAUACACACAUUUACAUGUUAUAGAUGUGAUAUUAUGGAUAGAAACCUUGCACUUAUAGCACAUAUAUUUUUAAGAACACAGUUGCUCAUAAAUAAUUGAAGGUUUC